AUGGACAACAUCAAUGGAUUGCCUGAUGACUUGCUGGUGAAGAUACUAUCGUUUGUCCCAACAUAUGUUGCUGUAUCCACUUGCGUUUUGUCUAAACGAUGGGAGUUUCUAUGGAUGUGGUUGCCUAAUCUCGAGUUCGUUUCUCCGUGGGACUCAAGGCCUGGAAUUGUGGAUUUUAUCAACAAGAAGUUGCCAAUACAUAGAGCUCCCGUCAUAGAAAGAUUGUGUAUCCACAUAAAUUCUAAUCCACACAUUAAACCUGAAUAUAUCAAAAGGUGGAUUGAAAUCGCAGUUUCUCACUAUGUACGUGAACUGCAAAUCGAUUAUCAUUCCAAGACUAAAAUCACUUUGCAACUUGAAGCUGAGUCGUAUUUCAUAGAUGGAAAAUAUCUUCAACAGCUUAUAUCUGGUUGUCCUGUUCUUGAAGAUCUAUCUCUACGAUUUUGUUGUAAUGACAAUUUAAGAGAGUUCACUGUAAUCAUCCCGUCUUUGCAAAGUUUGUCACUAUUUUUAUUUGGUAAUUCGAAUUUGAAUAGGUAUAAGAUAGAUACUCCUUCAUUAAAGUAUUUGAAACUUGAGGACUGGAAUGAUCCAGAACACUACUCAUGGACUAAUAUGCCUAAGCUGAGGGAAGCAUAUGUCGAUGUUGAAUCCUCUAAUCAUCUCAAGACUCUUAUUGGAUCAAUCACAUCAGUCAAGCAUCUCACAAUAUGUUGUUUAGAGGAUUAUUUGUAUGGUGAUGGUUUUAUUUUCAACCAUCUUGAACAUCUGAAACUAUGUAUGUGCCCAUUUGAUUCGUCGAAUCUUUUGGGCCAAUUGCUCAAAGGUUCUCCUAACCUACAAGUAUUAGACAUCUUUGAAAUGAAACGUAAUGAUAUUGUUUGCUGGAAUCAACCGAGUUCUGUUCUUGAGUGCUUGUUGUCGAGUCUAAAGAUAUUGAACUGGUCAGCAUAUUUUGGGAGACCACAAGAUAGAGAUAUUGCAGUUUACAUCUUGAAAAACGCUUGUCACUUAAAGACUGCAACAUUCUUGACUGAUAAAAGAAUAAAUGAUGUUCGAAGACUUAAGAUGAUCAAGGAGUUAAGACUUUCUCCCCGAGCUUCAAGCACAUGCCAACUCGUAUUCGGUGAGGACUUUUAA